CAAGCAAAGAGCAGAGCAAAAGCAAAGCAAACAGCUCAGUACUGUAACUACCAGGCAACUAACUAACCAACUAGCGGUAUCUCGAGUCUCCCGGUCCUCAAGUUCCCCGCGACGGAUGCUACUGUAGGUUAAACCUCGAGGCUGUUCCCUCCCAACCGUGACGAUAUCCACGUCUCCCUUCGCGAACACGUCGUUCACCGUCUGCCACUCCGCCUUUGUCGUGUCCCGGCUAUUGCAUCAAUAGAUUCCCGCUGCUACACCGGUGCCGCCUCGAACCAGCGUUGUCCUCUCCACCUCUUCCCUAUCCGAGACUCUCAGCAACCCACGUCGGAAUAAACUAGGAUGGCCGACGUCGAAAUGAAAGAUGCCGUUGCUGGCUCAGCGGCCAAGGCGAAGAGCGUAUCUAAAUCCGCCAAGUCUGGCACCGCUGAAGGCGGAGCUGAUGGCAAGAAGAGAUUCGAGGUCAAGAAGUGGAACGCGGUCGCUUUGUGGGCGUGGGAUAUCGUCGUUGACAACUGUGCUAUCUGCCGAAACCACAUCAUGGAUCUAUGUAUUGAAUGCCAAGCCAACCAAGGCUCAUCUACAACUGAGGAGUGUACAGUGGCCUGGGGGAUUUGCAAUCACGCAUUCCACUUCCAUUGUAUCUCUCGAUGGUUGAAGACCCGUCAGGUGUGCCCAUUGGAUAACAGAGACUGGGAGUUCCAGAAGUACGGUCGAUGAUUUCUCUUCUGGUGACGAGGAUAUGUGAUCUUUAUGCGGAGAUGGGCCAUACCAAAGCGAGUGGCUUGAGACGCCAUUUGCUCAAAUACUUGUCCAUAUGCCCUUUGCAUAUAUCUGAACGGCAGGGCCACAUGAUCUCCAGGGGGUUGAUUGAAAAUCCGGACAGAAAGAUUACUGCCGGCAUGGCGUUCAGGCGAUUAUUGUUUUGCUGCAGCGGUGUUUCUCUGUAGUCUAGGGUACUGCCCAUAGAAAUGAACGAGCCUUUUAUGUCCCUCU